ACAAAAUAAUCUCACCCUUCAUUUGCCCUUAGACUGUAUUCUAAAUUAAAGUUAUCUUGUCCCAAGAUUUCUCAACGAAUGUUGUAAUCCAGUCGCCUACUUAUGCUCAAAACUUGUAACUAACCUAGCUCAGUUCGAUUCGGACUGGCUGAACGAACGGUCAUAGUCAUAUUAAAAAAAAAUAGUUUAUUUUUAAUUUUGCACUAUGAAGCCGCGGAUUCGUUCUUUUUUAGAUUUUAGAGAAUAGUGAUGUGACAGUUUUGAACAUGAAAAUUUGUGCAAGUAUUAUUUUUGUGAGUUUGUGUUUCUGUGUCAAAAUGGAUCGGAGGGCGGAAGAGGGGUAUCCGAAGGGCUUCUUGGCUGUUUGCCCAGGGUCCUCCAAGCCAGCCUCAAUCCCGCGCAGCCAGCUGCGGCACCUGCUCUUCAUCGUGCAAGGUCUCGGGCGCACUCGUAGAAGAUAUACUUAUUGGAAUGCGAAACACAUCGCCAGUGAUCCUAGAAUAGACUUUAACAGGAAGACCCUGCUCCUUGCCAUCGGCUACCUGGACAGCACAAACUUCCCCAUCUCUAGCAUGUUCGCCAACGAGUACGAGGCAAGAGGGUACAAUGUCAUUCUACUGGAUAACCAGCGGUUCGCCACUGUUCACUAUUACUUGGCUAGUCGCCUCAUGCGACCAGUCGGCAAACACGUCUCCGAAGUCCUCAUCCAGCUGACAAACUCCGGUUUAGAUCCAUCCUCACUAGAGCUCCUCGGCUUCAGUCUCGGAGGCCAGACCGUCAGCUACAUCGCCAGAAACUACCAGCUUGCCACCGGAAGAAAUAUCUCCAAGAUCACUGCUUUAGAACCUUCAGGACCUUGCUUUAGAGAUCUAAACCCUGAUGAUCGUUUAGACGUUUCCAACGCGGAUUUCGUAGAGGUUAUCCAUACGAAUAUAGAUGGAUAUGGAAUGGCGAGUAGAAUGGGGCAUGUGGACUUCUAUAUCAACGGAGGAGAAUACCAGCCUUCGGAGAUAACUAUGUUCCCUUGUGCAACGACAUGCAGCCAUUUUAGAGUGUUAGGACUUUGGCUGUCCGCUCUAAAACAUCCAGGGAAGUUCAUAGGAUUGAAGUGUGAUAGUAUCCAGCAGGCGAGAGACUCUGAUUGCUAUGAUAGACCUUUAGAGACCAAUGUGCUGGGUCUGAAGGUGGAUAAGAUGAAGCAUGGUAUAUUCUAUGUGUCUACUAGUAAAGGAUACCCGUUUUAUUUGGGGAAAAAUGGGUUGUUACCUGAAUAUGCUGCUUGGAGGAGGCUCAGUGAUAUCAAUUUGGGAAAUCAGACUGAGAUCUAUACGUAACUAAGAGGAUUUUGUAUAUGUUAAAGGUGUUUGCAUUUCCAUAGAGUUUUUGAGGAGAAGGGAGCGAUAAGGGGAAAGAGGAUUUGGAUUAUUUUAGUGUAACAAAAAAAUUAAAUAAGUUAAACGUCCCAGUGUUCGAUAUAGACACCCCGCUGUCACCUCUAUUGCUAAUGGCAUAAGUUUAGAGAUGACAUGUAUAGGGAGCGUGUAUGAACUGUAGACGGCAGCUCAGAAGCCCCAUAUUAAUUGGCGCGGAGCAUUAGGUAUGUCAAGUUUUCAUUCGUAGAUUUAAGCCACUAGAUAGCAGACCCUACUAUGCGAAAUAGAGCCAGCGUGGUAUGUAGAGGGCGGUACCUGCUUAGAAGCGUGAAUUGUUUUCGCUUUCGAUUCAGCCGGCCUAGCCAAGGUGACAAUCGUUAUCGCUAUGACAACGAAACGCUUUAUGCGUCUCACUCUUCCAUAUUAGUGCGACAGCGACCGUUGCGUUUCGAUCGCCACGGAGCGUAAGCGAUUUGCAUGUUGGCUACACGGCCUGGUCACGAGAUGGCAAACCCUCCAUCACGGUCUCUUUAGAGACAGUAACGAGCACUCAGACGUCUCCUUUAAUUAAUAAUAAUGUAAAUUAUAAUAAAUACAUUAACACAGGUGAGAUAGGUUAGAAACAUUGCCAAAUGUAAAUAAGAUCGGGAUUCGAAUGUUACCACAUGUCAUUAGUUAAGGUUAGAAAACAAAUGUUCCAAGUAAAGAUUCAUUGAGUUUAUACGACGUAUAAAGUAUAGGAAAAAAUCGUGCCUUCCAGUUUGAUCAGAAAAGAAAUUAGCGUCAAUCUCCAAUUUAAAUUUAAAUGAUGUUUGAGCGCUCUAAAUAAAAAUAAAAAAAACCUCCCAUAGCGUCACAGAUUGGUAUUCUUGAGUCCAUUUUAUCGGCGGUUACAAUCGACGGUCAAAAUAUGCGAGCCAAAUUGGUGUUUGUGUCCGCACGGCCUGAUUUGUUCAGACAAUAUAAUCAGAUUGUCGAAAAGUUGUUCUCGUCUGGACUGGCCUUUAUACUCUAGACACCUUAUGUCAUUUGGACUGACACAUGAUGUCAGUGUCAAAGUCGUCUAAGGCUACUAAUAGUUAAUGUAAUGAAUCUUUGGAUAAAAGUGAUAUGUAAAAGUUCAAAUAAAUACUUAAUUUAAA